CCAAGAAACAAUCAGCUAUCUUCGGAAGGAACAAUUUUUUAUUAAUGGAAGAUAGCUAUUUAAGAUUUUUAGAAAAAAAUACAGUUUUUUCAAAACCAUAUAGAAGUUUAUCUCCAAGGUUUUCAAGUGAUAAACUUCCUGAUGAAUUAUUUUUAUCAGUAAAAUGUAGACUUGAACAAUAUUAUUAUAGUAGUGAAAGCGAUGAACCAUUUAAUAUAGUAUUUUACAAGUCAGAUGAAAAAAAAUGUAACAAAGCACUACUUUCAGAGAAGCUAAAGGUUCCGGAAGAUGAGAUUGUGGAAGAGACGGUGGAGGAAUGGGAUUCAAGUGGAGACUAUAUAGACGUUAUUGAAAUUGUGAAAGAAAUGUCAAAAACGGAUGAAAUUAAUGUAUAUAAAUGGAAAAGAAUGACUAGUGAAUAUAUAUGGAUUUUAGGGUGGAAGAAUGGGGAAGGAUUAAUUGGGGUUUAUACAAUUGGUAUUUUCUCGUAAAAUAUUUUAAUUAAAAUAAGUACAUUAAAUUAAAAUAAAAAUCCAA